UUCAUUUUAAUCUGUUUUCCUGUGUGAAAAAGUUUAUGACGUCUCUUCAGCUGGUGGACAUCUGGAGAAGAAAACAUCCUGUAAAGCAGAAUUAUACAUUCCACAGAGGCAACGUUUCCUCGAGACUGGAUUACUUCUUUACUCCAGAAGAAUGUAUGUGGCGUGUCACAAGUUGUGACAUCAGAGCUUUAGAGAGACCCGACCAUCAGCCUUUGGUUUUGAAGAUAUGCAACGUCUCCACAGACACUCCACAGAAGAAUCUCCAAAUACAAUCACACUUUCAACUGCUCAGUCAUAAAAAUCAUUUAGGGAUAGAGAUGACGGCUUCAUCAUCGGUUCAAGAAAGUGAACUCAGUGAGGUUGACAUUGUCUCAGCUGUACAUUCCCUUCAAGUGUCAGACACGCCAAGACCAGACGGCAUUCCAGCUUCCUUCUAUAAAGAGAACAUUCAAGUUGUAAUUCCAUACAUAAAGAUGCUCUAUAACCAGAUCCUCAGUGGCACAUUUAACUGCUCAGAGAGACGUUUCAAUGAAUCUGUGAGAAGUCCACAUGACAACAGUCAACACUUCUUUAACGUUGACUACAUCCUCAUCGCAACUAUUCUAGCAAGACGCCUAGAAGACUUCCUGGAGUCUCAGUCAGAGGGACGGAUACCAAAAGAGUCCGUUACUGUCCUGAUCACUCCCAAAACACUUCACACUCAGACAGUGCUGGGUUAUAUUAGGGAAGAGUUGGACAGGCAAAGACAGUCAAAUCCAAAUUUGUUUCAGGACUUCCGUGCUGCGGAAAACCUUGUUGGAAAUGUAGAGGACACGUCUGUGCCAUGUCAGGGCUGUCCUUUGACUCCAGUACUCAUAACAUUAGCACUAAAAUGCUACGCCUCGCAGCUGUUUCAGGAUUUAGAAAAGCAUGUAUUUAUUUUCAAACAAAGUGUGAUAGUUUGCUUUCCACCUGAGGACCAAGUUAAGGUACAAGCCAUUGUGACAUACAGCACUGAUGAAGAAUAUGACAUAGUGAUGUUACACAGAGGAAAUGGUGAACCAUUUCAUCUAAACAGAGUGGGACGUGAGCCUGAGGAUUGGGAUGGAGAAGAAAGUGAUGAAAGUGAUGACAUCCUCUAUUGUUUUACCUUGCCACCAGCUACAUGCAAAAUUAUGUAUGCAGUCAUUACCCUGAAAGAAUCAACCGAGCUGACUGUGAUACCAACAAACUGGUUAAAUGAACACAAGACACAAUGUUACUGGCCUCCAUUCAGGACACCAGAGAAGUGCUUAGAAGUUAUAAAGAACAAACAUGAACCUGCAAAAGGAAUAAAUGCUUGGGAGAUACUAAAUAUUGUCUGUCAUUGGGAACAUGAUACCUAUGAGCAGUUUAAAGAGAAACGUGAAGCAGAUAGUGAGCAGGUGGAACGUAGGCCUAUGUAUGCAGUCAUUACCCUGCAAGAAUCAAAUGAGCUGACUGUGAUACCGACAAACUGGUUAAAUGAACAAAAGACACAAUGUUACUGGCCUUCAUUCAGGACACCAGAAAAGUGCUUAGACGUUAUAAAGAACCGACUUGAACCUGCAAGAGGAAUAAAUGCUUGGCAGCAAUUAAAAAUGGUCUUUCAUGGAGAAUAUGCCGCAUAUAGGCAGGCUAAAGAGAAACGUGAAGCAGUUAGUGAGCAGAUGGAACGGCCCUCUACCUCUCUUGGGUGUUUUGAAAAACAAAAAACAAUAAAUCCAAUCCAUGCAGCGCUGACAUCACAAUCCACUCAAACCUUUGGUGUUAAAAGAAAACGUGAUGAUGAGUCACCGGAUAUCAGCCGGCAGUCACUGCUAAUCACAGGAAAUGAAUACUGGAGAAACAGGUCAAAAUGCUCUGUAUUUUUUCAGACCUCAAAUACUGCAAAGAAAAAUAUGAAUGAAUAUGAUUCCCUUUUAAUAUUCAUAUUCACUUAUAAUAUUUGUACAUGUAUUUAGGCAAAGUUCAGAAAGUAUUUUUAAUGUGAUAACCUUGACUUUUAUCACAGUUUUCAUGUGUCUUGUCAUGCUGUCAGUCUUUCACAUUUCUGUUGGAUGACUUUAUGUCACUCCUGAUGUUUAAAUUUGUUGAUUUGGUAUGGUCUCUUAAUUGUUUCUGCAUCUGUAUAUACAACAGGUGAAUUAACUUUAUAAAAUAAUGCUUAAAUUUCAAAAUGUAGGCUACUCUCCUAAUGCAGUCCCAUGUUAAGCAUGCUGGGAACUGGAAUUGUUUUAACUUUUUGAGAGUGACUGAAAACUUGUCAAGUCAUCACAGAAAAACACAAAUAACGAACACAAGUUCAGUAAAGUUAUACUUUUAUGCAGAGGCGGAUACAGAAAGUACCCAGCAAGCAAUUUCACGUCUAAUAAGCCGUCCAAACAUAGCCCGCACGUUUGUCCAAAUUCAAGGUUAUUUGGGCUAGAAGUGGGUUACUCAUAGCCGGACUAUAUAUGGUCUAUACUUAACCGAGACAUCGAAAUGAAGGCUAUUGCUUGCUGGGUUCUAGCCCAAAUAACAUCGAAUUUGGUUACAUGUCGUUUUUCCUAAAACAACUUUUUGUUAAACGUUUUGUUUAAUUUGUUUAAUGUUUUGUGCGUAGCCACGAUUUAGCUCCAAUUCAGACCGGCUAUUUGUAGCCCACAUAUCAAGCUCGCUGAUAUGGUUUGGGUGGGACACACGCUCUAAGCGGGGAACCAAUCACGACAGACUGGGUCAGCUUUACCAAUCAGAGCGUUUCGGAAGGAGGGACUUUAUAGAAACCAGAAAAAAACAAUCGUUUUGUGAGAAGAAGAGGAACAGCGAUGAACAAUAGACUUGGCAUAUGUGAAAUAUAAAGCGUUUUUUGAAACUAGAAACAUGAACAUCCAUUGUUACACACAAAGAACAUAAUCAAAGCUUCGAAAACAGCCAAACAAUGGCACAUUUAAAGUCUACACAGAAUGUUGUAUGUCGAGGCUCUAUGGAAGAGAUCAGACAUCGCAGCCUUUAUGAGUAAAGGAGAAGACAAACGCCAGUCUCACUCACCAACGUCAAUAACAAGCUUCAAAUGACACAUCACUGGUAUCACUGAUCAUAAUCUUUUCAACAGACCUUUGCACCACUUUGGCUAUUGUCGUGGCGAAAAGUCGGUCAGCCAAUGUUGAAAGAAUUCACGAAGACCAGAGAGCCAGGUUUCCAGAGGUUUCAAUCUUUAUUUGCUCGAGCAAGUAAAGUGAGACACACAGAGUUCAUCUGUAGAUGCCCCACGAAUACAUGUCUGACUCCAUCUUUUAUACAUUGUUCUCAAGUUGUUAUCACAGUUCAAACCAAUCAGGUUUUACCUGACCUCAUCUUCUACCAACCAGUUUUUACAUGACAUCACUUAUUUUUAUUAGUCCAUCCCCUUAUGCCUCUUACAGUUAUAUUUCAUCCUGCACUUGCUACAGUUAUAUUUCCGGCCUACCAUAUUAAGAUCUCCGGCGUACCAUGUUAGGAUUUAAUUGUAGGGAGCGCUUUCAAUAACACAUACGUAUAUCAUGUGCUCUUUAUCUUGACACCUUUCCGGGGGCUUUCGGACGUCUCAAUAACACAUACGUAUAUCAUGUGCAAUAACACAUACGUAUAUCAUGUGCAAUAACACAUACGUAUAUCAAGUACUUUUUAUCUUGACACCUUUCCGGGGGCUUGCGGACGAUACAUGAUUUAACCUUGGUUUUAUUAAAAAUUAACUCAUGGUUUAGUGUGAUAAUGAUAAACAACCCAGCGUUCUUAAUGAAACUUCUCUACAAAAGUGUGUGUGAUGUACUUGCAGUUCCUGUCGUAAUUUGAUAAGAUAUUUGGUGUGUACGUGUGAUACACACAAAGUAUGUACACAACUGUGUAAUGUUUUUGCUUUAUUUUCUUCGGUUUAUUUGUAUUGUUUUAAGUUCAUUCACCACAUUAUUUCUUAAUGCAGUGUUUAUGUGCAAGCUAACUAUUGCAUAUUGAGCUACAAAGAGAGAAAAAUAAAGGACUCUUAUUUUGGCAUUCUGACUGGGGAGUCGCAGACAGAACGACGAACUGCGAAUGCGUCCUCAGAUCAGCAGAGGAGCUGUGAAAGAGCAGAUGCGACUCUCCCGUUCUUCUGACACUAUUCCUGUUUUACAGGUUACAGUAAUCUG